CUUCCAUUAGGAAAACGGACGACACUUGUUGAAGAUUUCGACAUCAUUCUUUUAUCAAAUUUUGCGUGCUUUCGAACUUUUGUCGGAUUGAAGGUUGACGAGGAAACCAAAUGGAAAUUAUGAAUGGUGGUUCUACUAUCGUAAGACUUGCUUUGUUUCUGCUGUUAACAGGGGCAGCUCACGGAAGUUUUAAGUCAUACUUUGAAAACUACUUCGAUGAGAUGGCAACAAGUGCUUGUGCAGCAAUAGCAACGAAAUCAGGUGCUUAUAUGGGAGUGCGUCGAACCUGUUCUAAAUCUUCAGCAAGCUGUGCAACUAUUUGUCAAUCUUUGAUUGGAACUCUUCCUGGCGGAACAAAACAUUCGGAGUGCGUGGAUUCAUUCCAUGUGUACAAACAUCAGCCAUCUUUAGCCGUGAACAAAAACGCAGAUACAGACGUGGACAAAAUUGGCCAGGCAAUUUAUCGUUACUUUUCAUGUAAUGAAAAAAAUUAUUGUGGACCAAAUUACUGUUGUUGCCGAGCGUUCUACUGAUCCUGGUUGAUGAAGUCCAGACUAGAAAAACCGAUUCAAAUACCAAUAGCUAAUUGUGUGUAGUUUCUUUUGUCUUUAUCAAUAAAUCUUCUUUACACUUUCUU